UAUAGAUAGACUAACUGGUCAAAAUCUUUAGUAACUUUCGAGCUAAAGUUUGCCUUGACGAAUAGUAUCUCUUUCUAGACGCUGGAGGACCCAGCUGUUUCUAGUAUGCUAGUAUUGUGGUCACAGUGUUGAUGGAUCCGGAAGAAUAGUGUACCCAGCAAUUGGGUUCAAUUAUAGUGGGUUUCUUUAAGUAUUUGGAAGCUAGGAUUAACAUCAACCACCACAAUAAAUUGGCCUAGCGUUCAAGUUCGUCGAAAGGAAGCCGUGGCCGAUUUACGGCCCGGCAACCUUUGGUCCUUGCAAUUGAGAAAGUCAGCACUUAUCACCUCUCACUCAGGAAGCCAAUGAUUGUUUAGAAGGAAAACAACAUCAAUCUUUUGCUGUGACAGCAACUAAAGUGUGCAAAGAAACCAAAGCUUGAUGCCGGUGUGCAACUCUUUUCUCCUUUGGAGCCUUAAUACUUGGAAUGAAGAAAAGAUUCAUAUUAUUGGAGGACGUGUCUACUUCGUCCCUAGUUAAUUGUCACUCGUCUCGAUCCAGCAUGAUUGACUACUCCGGUUCAGCUCCCGGCGGCCUUCUUUUUGCGGUAUACUUCAGCCCAGGUGGAAGUGGUGGACUUUUUUCAUCAUGUUCUAGCCAGGGUUUGGUGGCCACACCAGGCGCCAUCGCCUUAGAGAGCGGCGUCUGUUCCUUUUCCGGAAAUGUCGGCAUAGAAAUUUGUUGGCUCGAACAAGCAUGGGCUGUUGCCAAACAUUCAGCUAAGGCGGCAGGAUUCGUAGUACUUCUUGGAGUAGGCGGUGUUCUUUGUUACCACUGGCUCUACUCCAUGCACAUGAAACGAAACCUGAGUGGAAGACGAACUUCUUUAUACCCGUUCACUAUUGAAAUGGAACAAGACGACGAUUGUGAAGAAAUGGAAGAGGAUUUAUUUGAUUUGUUCGAAGUCGACAUCUCGGUAGGUCUCAACUGUCUUUCGGGCGAUCACAGACCAAAACGCAAGAUUGGAAAAGGAGUAUACAUAGCCGAUCAAAUUCGCACCCGUUGGCGUCACGUGCCUCGUCGUAAUAAACAUACACAGGAAGUUGGAUCCCGUCCGCAGCCACUUCGCCAGAGUUAUUCCAUCCCGGAUGGAUUGGUCAAAAUGAACGAACCGCAUUCGUUGCACAAAUUUGCACAAAAUGAACACUUUUUGGUUCGCCAAUCCAACGAGUCAUUCUCCGGAUUUUCGUCACACGAAGCGUCACCCAGACAUGCCUGUCGUAUACGUUCUUACAGCCUUUCAGUUAAAGAUCCAUAUCUUCAGUCGGAAGGAACCGCUUGGAGCUUUUGGGAUGGUUCUGUGGAAUCAUUUGUAUCGGGAACAGAUUGCAGUGAAAUGAGUCGACUGAUUCGGGAGUAUUCAGUCGAUAGCGAUUGUUCCGAUUUCUCCCUUGACAUACCAUUCAGCGAAAGUUGUAAUUCGAAUACUCUGGAGGUUAUUGAACGAAUCGAACAAGAGAUCAACAGCGUCAAGAACAAUUGUUUAGCCAUGAAUCAUGAGUUAUAUACCCUUCACGACGUCCAUCCAACUGGCAUUGCAAGUGGCGAAUCAGAGAUUGAUCUCUCAAGUAUUACCAUGGAGCUCGCCCCUCUCCAUUUGUCCCAAUCUUCCUUCAAAGGAAUGCUUAACCUAACUUCCAUCCCCGGACGAAAUCAGCGACGUAGCCUCAAAUGCUUCAGAUUUUUCACCUAGUCGCAUGCAACUUGCGCUUAUUUCUGGAAGUGACGAAGACGGAAUCUCAAUGGAAUGGGAUAACCGUGAUCUACAGUCGUCCGUCCCCGACGAAGAAAAUAAAUCCACCGAAGA